AUGCCCAAGACGAUCCGGUACGACGCCCACAAGGAGCACCCGCUGGUGCUCGUCGACAUCGGCGGGAGCAGCGGCGGCAAUGGCCGCAGCUUCACGUGCGACGGCUGCGGCUGCCGGGGCGCCGGCCCCCGCUACCGCUGCGGCGCGUGCGACUUCGACCUGCACGAGCUCUGCGCGACGGCCCCCGGGACCGCGUGGUUCUUCUUCCACGGCCAGCACCCGCUAGCCCUCGAGCUGGCCGUCGAGGACGGCGGCGACGGCAGCCCUCGCCACUGCGACAUCUGCGAGAUGGACAUCCACGGCAUGCACUACCGUUGCCGGCCCUGCGGCUUCGACGCGCACCCCGUCUGCUUGCAGCUGCCCGGCGCCGCCGUCUCGCCGCUGCACCCGGAGCACCUCGUGAUGCUCAGCGUGGGCGGCCCCGAGGAGUGCACGCGCUGCGGCGCCGACUGCGUGUGGCGAUACCGCUGCGGCGUGUGCGACGUCAACCUCCACCCGAGAUGCCUGCUGGGCACUGAUGAGACGCCGCUCAACAUCCCCAGGAGCAACUAG